CCCAUACUCCCACACAACAUUCUUCUUCUCUUAAUUAAUUAAUACGAAUAAAGUUUCUCCCACAUCGCUCAAAACUAAAGGGAUUUUGCUGUUGAAAUAAAUUUCUCUCCGACGUUGCUGCUCCAAAACAGAAUAGGAACAAGAACUCUUGAAGAAAAAAUGAAACAACACUCUUGAAGAAAGCAUGUGUAUUGCGGUAUUCUUAUGGAAGGCGCAUCCGCUCUAUCCCUUCCUCCUAUUCCUCAACAGAGAUGAAUACCAUGAUCGUCCAACGAAACCAUUGGCAUGGUGGGAAGAUGAUAGUCAUAUACUUGGUGGAAGGGAUGAAGUUGCUGGUGGGACUUGGCUGGCUUGUACACGUUCCGGAAGAGUUGCUUUCCUUACUAACGUUCGCGAAAAUAUAUCAAAUUCAGAUACCAAGAGUAGGGGAAACCUUCCUGUUCGAUUCCUGAAGAGUGAUAAGAGCCCUCGUGAUUUUUCACAGCAACUUUUGCGGGAAGCAGGUGAAUAUAACGGUUUUAACCUGAUAGUAGCUGAUCUUUGUUCAAUGACCAUGGUUUAUAUAACGAACCGACCAAAAGACAACAGUAUGAAUAUGGCCGCGACUGAGGUUUCACCCGGUAUUCAUGUUUUAUCAAAUGCAACGCUAGACACUCCGUGGUCUAAGUCUCAACGGCUGGAGUGCAGUUUCAAGCAAUUAUUGGAUGAAUAUGGCGAAUCUGAAAUUCCAAUGGGACAGGCAGCCGAAAGAAUAAUGAGAGACACGGCUAAAGAAGAUAGCAACCUGCCAGGCAUCUAUUCCCAUGAGCGCGAGUACCAAUUGAGCUCCAUAUUCGUCGACACUGAAUUGUCCAUGGGCCGUUAUGGCACAAGAAGCACUUCUUCACUGGCAGUGACAACUUCUAGUGAGGCAACUUUUUAUGAACGUUAUCUAAUCGACAAGGAUGUAUGGAAGGAGCACCAGAUGAACUUUGUAAUUGAGAAGACGAUGCAAGGUGUUGUUUCUACAUCCUAGUUAACGCGUUCGUCAAAUAUCAACUACCAAGAUCCAGGCAAGCCAAUGGAGUUGCUCGGAUGGCAUGCAUCGCUCACUUUCAACUCGAAGGUUGUGAGUUCGAGUCAUCAAGGGAGCAAAAGGGACAGGAGCUCCUAGGGAGGGGUUAAAAAAAUAAAUAAAUAAAUAAAAAUACUAAUUUAUGGAAGGCAUAAUAGAAAAAUGGCCAUGACCUCCAAAAACAAAACAAUGAUUAUUUUUUCAUGUUAGCAAGGAAUAGAUCGCUUUACUUGUAUGAUUUAGUUGUCUCAUAUUUCUCAAAAGAAUGAGUUGAUUGAUAGAGUUUGAUAUGAGAUCAAUGAUCUCGAUUGAUAUUUCAA